AUGAGUUUUCACCUUUCUGUUUCAGUUCUUAUAGGAGCUUUUUUCAUCACAGUUCUAGUUGCUGCUCUUUACGAGGGCCUCAAAAUAUUCAGGCAAUGGCUGGUUUGCAGACCUCUCCGUCUCUUAUUCAAAGACAUCUGUCAUUCAACGUCAACAAGUUUAGAUGUUACAGAUCUUGAGGACGCAUGUAGCAAUAAAGAAACCCUACAACAACUAUUUGUUAGAUUCCCGAACUGGAGGUGAGCAUGACUUUCUUUCUUGAUCACUUGUCAUCGGAAGUUUUGUUUCUGUCCUUCAUUGAAAAUAAAUACAUACACAUAAAACAGGAACAGACAACGUGAUUAGCGCACGAGACUAAACCUGGCCGAUUGAGAAAAUAAAAACCAGAAACAGAACGAACGCGCCGUUGUUAACGCUUCCUCUUGCUUAAAUAUAGCUACGGAAACAUGCCCCUGGCAGCGCCUCCUCACUCCUCCUCCCUCCUCAUGAGAGAACAUCAUUGAGUCCUAACGAUUACGAGCGUUUGAUUCACGUCAGUGACCUUCUUCCCUUUUUUUUUCUUUGCAGCCAAAGAUGGAGAAUUAAAAUUCACACAUUGCAGGCGUGUCUUCACACGCUACAAGUGCUAGUGGGAUAUAUGCUGAUGUUAAUAGUUAUGACGUAUAAUGUUUGGCUUGGGGUUGCAGUGGUUGCUGGGGCAGGAGUUGGGUAUAUGGCUUUCUCAACUAUUUUCCCCGAUGACUUGAGGCUCCGAAAGAUUGAAGACCAUGAAAAAGCUUUAGAUCUAAAUGAGCUUUCAUGUCAAAGAAAUCUUUUGUCACAGUAA